AUGAUUGGCGUUCAAGCGAAUAACCUCUCAGUCAAUGAUGGACCCUUGACAUCGGAAAAUACCGCCUUCCUUCGCCCCUCAGAACCCACCCUUCCGCUCGAAGAGCUCCGCGAGCGAUACGAAGAAGACGGUUAUCUCUUCCUCAAACAAAUUCUUCCUCGCGAGGAUGUGCUAUCUGCCCGCAAUGCAUACUUCUCCUCAUUGGAAUCGACAGGAGUGCUCAAGCCCGGCACAGCACCCGUUGAAGGCGUCUUUGACCCGGCUAAGAGUCACCUAGACUAUCCUGGCAUUGGAGCGGGUCAUAUUGGCGGGAAUGGCAAGCCCGGUGGCGAUCGAGCAGCGGCAUUUGUUGAUCUUGCUCUCGAUGCUCACUACCAGGAUUGGUACGCGAAAGAAUUUUGUAACCAUCCAGCGCUGUAUGAUUUCAUUGCGCGCUUCUCGGAUUGGGGAAAGAAUACUUUGACCUUGCGCCGCACCCUGCUAAGGAAUAACAUCCCGGGAUCGAAGCCGAUUGGCGUGCACUAUGAUCAAAUCUUCCUACGAUAUGGAGAUCCGACAAGUGUCACUGCCUGGGUUCCUAUGGGUGACAUCAAGCUCAACGGUGGCGGACUUAUUUACCUAGAAAAUGCUUUUCUUGGUGACUUCCGUGGAAAACACAUCAGACUAAUCGAGUUCUAUGUGGCAGGGGAAAAUAUUGGUCUUGAGAUGGAAGAAGCAUUCUAUACCAGAGCGAAGCAGGCUGGUCUGACUGACGAAGAAGCUAUGUCAGCUUUCAACUCGAAUAUGAUGUCGACAGGCUUGCUGUCUGAGUUCCCGGCCGAGUUCGCUCAGGAGCAUGGUCGACGAUGGCUGGUGUCGACGUACGAGGCGGGUGAUGUGGUACUGCACAAGCCUCAUAUGAUCCACGCCUCGACUGUCAACAAUGACCCGGACAAUGUUAUCCGCCUGGCAACCGAUUUGCGAUUCUGCGAUUCGUCCAAGCCUUACGAUAAAAGAUGGAUGAAUUUUUAUGCCUUCAACGAUGGUGUAUAA